GAAUCAACAAACUCUGUCCAUUUCCCCAGCAUGCGUGUCGCCCUCUAGCUUCCCCUUUUCCCGCGAAAAUCUCCCUUUUCUUCAAACUCUUUGAUCUUCUCCCCAUUAUCCAAUUAUCUGGAUUUCCCAAUCCCAUUUUAAUUUCCAUUUUCAUCCUUCUUUUUUUAUCUAUCACAUUUCUCUCACUCCUCCCAAACUUAAUUACCAUUUAUCAAGAUCACCAUGCAACUAUGAACAGGAUCGUUAAAUCCACAAUCAACAACUACAAUGUCGAAAAUAUCUUUGAGUUCGGACAAUAAUGUGGAGCCUGAAAAAACCCUAAAUUCAAUCGCCACCGGUUCACAUUCACCAUCCGUUGUGAAGCUAAGGAAGAUACCUCCAAUACCAGUACGACAUCGAGUCGAUGAUGAUGAUGAGGAGGAGGAGGAGGAGGAUGAAAGCGGAGGAAGUGCAACGUCAUCAGAGGCUUCAAUUCUGGGGCUAAACCAUAUAAGGACGCGUUCCGCUCCAUCACCUCUUAGGAUUUGCAAUUCUAUCGUUAAUAGUCCAUUGGAUGUUGAAUAUAGCCACACCUUAUCCUCUAAAUCAUCGUCCAGCGUUCAACAUUCUUCCGAACAAGGUAAAAAAGUUCAAUGGAGUCAGUCAAAACCUUUGAAAGUGCCUUCACCAAGUAUUUUAAGUGCAGAGGGAAGCCAUACAGCUUUUUCCAAGGAAAUGCAAUCUCCACGUUUUCAGGCUAUACUGCGAGUUACCAGUGGUCGUAGAAAGAGAGUUCCAGACAUCAAGAGCUUCUCUCAUGAACUAAAUUCAAAAGGAGUUCGCCCACUUCCAUUUUGGAAGUCUCGUGCUCUUGGUCGUAUGGAAGAAAUUAUGGUGAUGGUUCGGGCAAAAUUUGACAAGUUAAAGGAAGAGGUCAAUUCUGACCUAGGCAUCUUUGCAGGAGAUUUGGUUGGCAUACUGGAGAAGACUUCAGAAUCUCAUCCUGAAUGGAGAGAGAGUUUGGAAGAUUUGUUGGUUACAGCUAGGCGUUGCACUAAGAUGCCACCAAGUGAAUUCUGGUCAAAGUGUGAAGGCAUUGUUCAGAAUCUAGAUGAUCACCGUCAAGAGCUACCUGUGGGAACCCUUAAACAAGCGCACACACACCUUCUGUUUAUUCUCACUCGUUGCACUAGACUUGUGCAGUUCCAAAAGGAGAGUGGUUAUGAAGAAGACCACAUUUUGGCUUUUCACCAACUUAGUGACCUUGGAUUUUAUCCGGAACGACUUAGUGGGUCAAAAAGCCAGGACUUAAGUGCAAGAAGAGGUCAAAAGUUCCCAGUAUAUGAGCAAAGUAAUCUGCCUGCUAAACAUGACCCCACAAAUGAAGUUGGUGAUGCCGUGGAGGUUAGCACAGCAAAAAGUGUUGCUUCUUCCGCUGCAAGCUGCUACAGAAUGUCGUCUUGGAAGAAGCUUCCUUCUGCAGCUGACAGAGGCCGUAGGGGCAACGACUCUGUUGAAACCACCCCGUCCAAGGGCAAAACUGAUGGUCUGCAACACAAAGAGGAGAUGGAUCAUUUUGGAAACACUCCAUUAUGCCCCCCUGAGCAUUCUGAGGAAACUUCAAAGAUUAAGAAGGUAAAUUGGGGAAUGUGGGAUCAACCUUGCUUGUCAUAUGAAGAUUCAUUUAUUUGCCGAAUAUGCGAAGUUGAAAUACCAACUGUGUACGUAGAACAGCACUCGAGAAUAUGUACAAUUGCUGAUAGAUGUGAUUUAAAGGGGUGGACAGUAAAUGAACGACUAGAAAGAGUAGUAGAUACUCUUGAGAGAAUACUUGAAUCAUGGACACCGAAGAGCACGGACACAGGGGCAGGAAGUCCUGAUGUAUCAAGAGGGUCUACAUUGAAUAUGCCUGAAGAGUUGGAUGCCUUGUUAGUCAAGCAGAAUGGCUUGUCUCAACAAUGCUCUGAAGACGUGCUAGAUUGUCUUCCUGAGUCUGAUAGUAGAUGUCUUCUGGAAAAUGUCAACAGCUUGACUGACAUAUCUAAGAAACAGUCAUUAGCUGGGAGCUUAACACCUCGGUCACCUUUAGUGACUCCACGAACUGGCCAGAUUGAGCUCAUGCUGAGUGGACGUUUAAUGGUAUCUGAACAUGAAAAUUAUCAGCAGAUAAAUAAGCUAUUGGAUAUUGCUCGAUCAGUUGCCAAUGCAAACAACAAUGAUUACGGUACAUUGGAAUACUUGCUUGACCGACUUGAAGACCUAAAAUAUGCAAUUCAGGAUAGGAAGGUGGAUGCUCUUGUUGUUGAGACCUUUGGGAGACGAAUUGAGAAAUUAUUGCAGGAGAAAUAUGUAUUACUUUGUGGACACAUUGAAGAUGAAAAAGUGGAACCAUCCAAUACCUUAGGUGACGAGGACAGUUCAACAGAAGAUGAUACAAGUCGCAGUGUACGUGCAAGCCCUAUAAAUACAUUGUCCAAGGAUCGAACAUCUAUUGAAGAUUUUGAAAUUCUAAAACCAAUCAGCAGGGGAGCUUUUGGGAGAGUUUUCCUCGCCAGGAAAAGGGCAACAGGGGACUUAUUCGCAAUUAAGGUUUUAAAAAAGGCUGACAUGAUACGCAAAAAUGCAGUAGAAAAUAUAUUGGCCGAGAGAGAUAUUUUAAUAUCAGUCCGCAAUCCUUUUGUGGUCCGCUUUUUUUACUCCUUCACAUGCAGGGAUAAUCUUUAUCUGGUCAUGGAGUACCUAAAUGGUGGGGAUCUUUUUUCAUUGCUGAGAAAUCUGGGCUGCUUAGAGGAAGAUAUGGCACGUAUAUACAUUGCAGAACUAGUUCUUGCAUUGGAGUAUCUCCAUUCUCUAAAUAUCAUUCAUAGAGAUCUGAAGCCAGAUAACUUGUUGAUUGGUUCAAGCGGUCACCUCAAGUUAACAGAUUUUGGGCUCUCAAAGGUUGGUCUCAUCAAUAGCACUGACGACUUAGCAGGACCAUCAGUGCCUAGUGCUGCCUUUCUUGGGGAAGAUAGAUCCAAGAUGGACGAGCAUUCAUUCAAAAGAGAACAGAGGCAGAAGAAUUCAGUUGUUGGCACCCCUGAUUAUCUAGCACCUGAGAUACUUCUCGGCAUGGGACAUGGUGCCACGGCUGAUUGGUGGUCAGUGGGUGUCAUUUUGUUUGAGCUGCUUGUCGGUGUUCCUCCUUUUAAUGCAGAACAUCCUCAGCAAAUUUUUGACAAUAUUAUUAACAGGGACAUACCUUGGCCCAAGAUACCAGAGGAAAUGAGCUUGGAAGCGUAUGACUUGAUUAACAAGUUGCUACAUGAAAAUCCAGUUCAAAGGUUAGGUGCAACAGGGGCAGGAGAGGUAAAGCGACAUCCUUUCUUUAGGCAUAUCAACUGGGACACACUUGCAAGGCAAAAGGCUACGUUUGUCCCAUCUGCUGAUGCACAUGACACUAGCUAUUUUAUGAGCCGUUACAUUUGGAGUCCAGAAGAUGAGAAUGUAAAUGGAGGUAGCGAUUUUUAUGAGUUGAGUGAGAGUGGCAGUGCUACAUGUAGCAGCAGUUCAUACAGCAAUCUACAGGAUGAAGAGGGAGAUGAAUGCGGUAAUCUAGCCGACUUUAGUACCCCUUCCCUGAAUGUGAACUACUCCUUCAGCAAUUUUUCGUUUAAGAACUUGUCGCAGCUGGCUUCUAUUAAUUAUGAUUUAAUCGGAAAGACUACUAAAGAAUCAGUAGAAGCUGCAAAUCCAUCUGUUCCCUGAGAAGAAGCGAUUGCUGCUUCUGCAGUUACAUGCUGCCUCACUUUGUUU